AUGGCGGCUGCUUAUGGGCAAGCGCCGAACGCGGUUUGUGCGGUUUUGCGACGCCUUGAUAGCGGGCUAAAAUUGCCAUGGCAGAGUCGAUUCUCGUCGCAGAGUGUUUCGUCGACAGGGUUGACUGAGAAGUUCAACCUUUCGCCCGAUCCGCGGUCGUGGAACUCAGCCAUCGCACCCGGCGUCAGCCGAGGCAACUUUGACCGAGAUUGGAACAUCUUCACUUGGAGAGGUCUCGUAAACAUCGGCAGUUUGACUCUCGUUUUUCUUGGGAUUCUCGCGCUCUUGCACCAACAAUCCUACAACGGCGGCUUCAACACACCACAAGAGGUACGCAACAAGAAGGACUACGUCAACGGGAAUGAAUGGCAGCUGGUAUUCAGCGACGAGUUCAACACGCCAGGGCGGUCAUUCUGGCCAGGAGACGACCCAUACUGGGAGGCGGUGAACCUGCACUACUGGCAAACGGGUAACUGGAUGGCUCGAUCCCACGCUGUCACGACCAAGGAUGGCGCACUGGAGAUCACGAUGUUGAACUACACGAGCGUUCUGUUCCAGGGCGGCCUGCUGGAGGUCAACGUGUCGCUGCCUGGUGCUGCCAAUGUCGUUGGGCUUUGGCCUGCUAUCUGGACCAUGGGUAACCUGGGGCGUGCGGGGUACGGUGCUAGUCUGGAGGGCAUGUGGCCGUACUCGUACGACACGUGCGAUGUAGGCACAGUAAAGAACCAGUCCCUGGGCGGCGUUCCUGACAACCCGGCCGCCUUCUCCUGGUUGCCCGGGCAGAAGCUUUCACGGUGUACGUGCCCAGGCUCGACUCAUCCAGGUCCUAUGCAUAAUGACAACACGUACGUCGGACGGGCUGCACCUGAGAUCGAUGUAUUCGAGGCUUCGGUGUCCGUAUCGGGUACUGGACAGGUCUCCCAGUCUGCACAAUGGGCGCCUUUCGACUUUAAUCACCAGUACCAGAACGACUCGAGUGACAUCUACGUCGCAGACUCCAGCAUCACGGGCUUGAACCCUUACACUGGGGCUUCAUACCAAGAGGCAAGUUCCGGCGUCAGCAACACUGACCAGACUGCCUGGGAGCUCAGUGGUGGCGGGUACUCGGUAUACGGUGUUCAAUAUGAAUAUGGUUUCGAUGACGCGUAUAUCGCCUGGGUCGCGAGCGACAAAUUGACGUGGUCGAUCAAGCAGACUGCUGUGGGGCCGAGCAGCAAAGUCCAGAUUGGUCAGAGACUGGUGUCGCAGGAACCUAUGUACAUCAUCAUGAAUCUGGGUAUAUCGGAGGGCUUCGGAGGGAAUGUGGACUUCGCACAUCUCGUGUUCCCGACGACGAUGCGGGUAGACUAUGUUCGCGUUUACCAAGACCCAAGCAACGUCAAGACGAGCUGUGACCCUCCCGACGCGCCGACUGCAUCGUACAUCAACGCGUACGUAGCCUAUCAUCAUGGGUGUGCGUGCUGAUUCCAAUAUCAAAUCUAUGCAGGUUCCAGGGCGCGUACACGAACCCGAACUACACCGAUUGGCAAACGCAGUACGGUGAACCAUUCCCGGGAAACCAUUGGGCAGGCGAUUGUUGAGCUUUAUUAUGACGCGACGAACAUUGACGGACAGUAUGUAUUCUUAUACUAUUAGUGUAAUGCUGUGAUCUCGCUGCUAUGGUGGGUCCGGUUGAUGGGAUUAUUUUGGUCUCCGUGGAUAGGUCUCUGUGUGUCCUCGCUUCCAGGCUCCGCGAAACGCUGCAAACCCGGCCGACUCGUCUAGUGUCCUCACUGAGUUGGGGCAACCAAUGUAUGUAUGUAUGUCGCGAACGGUCGCUUGCGCGGAAGGCUUGCACACGGAUGCAGCAUCCAGUUUUAA